AUGAGGCAAUUCUCGGAGUACAAGGAUGUUAUUCAGGCUGGCGAUUUAGUUCUUAUCUGGAUUUCUAGAGAUAACAUCAAACCUGUGACAAUUGCCACUGGCGCUACUUUCAAUACGAGAUAUGGUUCUUUCCCUCACGAUGACAUGAUUGGGAAGCCAUUUGGAUCUCAGAUCGCAGUAAGAACUAGGGGCUCCAACAAGUUUGGCUUUGUGCAUGUUUUACAACCCACAGCAGAGCUUUGGACGCUAUCGCUGCCUCACAGAACUCAGAUCGUGUACACUCCUGACUCCUCCUACAUCAUGCAACGAAUGCAAUGUAGCCCGCACUCCAGGGUGAUUGAGGCGGGAACUGGAUCAGGAUCCUUCUCUCAUGCUUUUGCGCGAACCGCUGGAUAUGUGUUUUCUUAUGAAUUUCACAAAAUGCGUUACGAACAGGCUAGACAGGAGUUUGAAGAACAUGAUUUACUACGUGAUGGUAAUCUCGCGAUUACGCACAGGGACGUGUGCCAGGAUGGGUUCAGCAUAAAAAAGGGUGACACUACGACGUUUUUUGAUCACGAGCAAUUCAGUGGUCAACAAGAACUUGCACAAGUUGACGCUAACGUCGUAUUCUUAGAUUUACCAGCCCCUUGGGAUGCUAUCCCACACCUCGACAAAGUCAUAUCUCAGGACUCUAAAGUGAGCUUGUGCUGUUUCUCUCCCUGCAUAGAACAAGUCGACAAAACUCUUGAAGUAUUGGAAAAGAAAGGUUGGACCGAAGUUGAAAUGGUAGAGAUUCAAGGCAGGCAGUAUGAAUCUCGUAGGCAAAUGGUGAGACGCUUAGAUGACGCUUUGCAAAGGCUUCGUGAUGUCAAAGAGCGCAAACAAGUGGGUGUAGAAAGACGGAAAAGGAUGUUCAACAAGCUGAUUAGCGAUGAAGAAGAAACCUUUGAAGAGAGACCAGAAACGCCCAAGACACAAUACAACCCAUUCGGUAAAGGCUCUCGAGUCAAAGAGGGCGACUUGAAUUUUCAAUGGAAAGAGGUGUCCAAAGUAGAAGCCGAAGUUAAGUCACACACUUCUUACCUCACAUUUGCAUCAAAAAUAGUCAGAAAAACUAGGGAUGAAAAACUCGCCGCCAAAGCUUUUGCAGAGGUUCAAGAUGUUGUACCCGAAAGCGCGCUUCCGAGUAAGCGUGAAAAGAAGCGUCUUCUGAAAAGUUGA